AUGACUGGUUUGUCUGUUGCUGCAUCUGUUGCUGAUUUUGCUGGCGACCGGUUUGAUUUUGCUGCUGUUGGGAGUUCUGCUGGGAUUGCUGGUUUUGUUGUUGCCCUGAUUGGUUUCCACGACGUUGCUGCAACAUGUAGAUGGAGAAGAUCUCUUGAUUUGUACGAUUUCGACUACUUCGAUCAACGUAACUUCAUGAAAUGUCUACCCCCACACCAAUUAGAACGAAUAACUCACCAUGUUCAGAAGCUGAAUGAAUCGGGAAGUAGCUUCCUGGUGCAGCGUUCAUCUGAUUUUGAAAGUAAACUGAUGGGGACUGUUGAGAAGUUUGAGCUGCCCUAUAUUGAGGUUGUUGCUGUUGCUGCUGCUGAUAUGCAUCGUAUUCCGCGACGCCUUCAUGUUGAUAGUCGGAAUACUGAAAAUACUGACCAGACAAUUAUCCAUUACUUAAUUUUCAAAAAAUAA